AUGUACAAUGUAAAAGGCCCCAGCAAAAUUGUUGCCAAAACUACAAGACGAGGACCUCCGCAAAAUAUUGAUAAUUUUCGUGAUCAUAACAAAAAUAAAAUAAUGGAUUCUGAACAACCUAAUAAUGGAAAUGUUUCAAAACCAAUUUUCCAUAAGAAAUAUUCAACAAAUAAUAGCCAGCACGAAGUUAUAACGCCACAUCACGAAGAAAUUAUUAAAUAUAUAAACGAAUCUUGGAAUUCAGUUUAUAGUGAAUUGGAAACAUCACAUGCAGAAAGGAGUGGGAACAACAAUAAUCAUAUAGUGACAUACUUUCAAGAAGAACCUUCUUCAUCUCUGCAAGAUUUUAAGCCAUUUGAUCUUGAAUCUUGGUGGGGUAAACGUCUGUAUGCCUACAUCACAAGUUCUAUACCAGCAAAAAAUUAA